GUAGCUGACGACCAUCGAUCUGUCACUUCAAAAACAAGCGUAAUUUUUUUGUAAAGAUUUUCUCAGAUUUCCAUUCAAAAAAGUGAAAAAGUGGCCUUUUUGUUCAGACAUCUAUAAUCUAAACUUUCUUGUGUUAUUUUAUCGCGAAUCAAGUGAUAGUUUUAUUAUUUAUUUGGCAUUUUUAUAUUAUUAGGAUACUCCAAACAUGGAAUCGCUAGAUGUAAUUUCCCAGCGGAUUGACAACCUAAAUCAUCUGUUGGGACCGCUGCCCCCUACUGAAGCCCAAGGCGAAAACCUAACGGAUGCAGUUUUAUCGGCGGCAUCAUUCCUACCGUCUGCCAGUACCGGCCACCUGGCCGACGGGAGCGCCCGGGACAAUAUCCUGCAAGCAUUCAAACGGAAAGACGAACUGGAGUCCUACCUCGAUCCUUCGUACCUCGAUGAGAAGCAAGACAUCAAGGCGAAGGAAACCUACAUCAACACAAUUGCGAACGAUUUGGCCGGAACGUUCGAGACGCUGCAGAAGAUAAAGGCGCUGGAGCCGACACUAGGGGCGGAAUACUUCCGCAACUUGCCGGACGUCAGUGACCAUCUGAAGGCGAUGACCACCGGGACGGCAGAGCAGAAGCAGGCAAACGAUCUCCUCGAGGAGAGCCUGGUAAUUGCGAUGCAGCGCUACAGUGAGAUUCAGAUAGGAAUUAAGGAUUCGCUCAAAGCGAUGAACGAUCGGCUUGACAAGAUCGAGCAACGUCUAGUCGAUCGGAAGAGGGAAGAUAAAGAUGUUUAAGGCGGGAGCGUGAAACACUAGACGGUAGGUGCAUGACUUAUUUAUUUAAAUCGGUUCGAUUAUAGUCUUUUUAACUUAAUCCUAUAGAGUAUUCCGAGAAAAAUACAUAUAAAAAACUAUAAAGACAAAUGCUUGGC